UAAUGCUGCAGAUAUCUCUGUUAUUGUGGUGUACUUCCUGGUCGUCUUGGCAGUUGGAGUUUGGUCUAUGGUCCACACUAACAGAUCCACUGUAGGUGGCUUCUUCCUUGCAGGGAGGAGUAUGGUAUGGUGGCCGAUCGGAGCAUCGCUGUUUGCCAGCAAUAUUGGCAGUGUCCAUUUUGUAGGAAUUGCUGGUACUGGCGCAGCUUCAGGAAUAGCCAUUGGUGGAUUUGAAUGGAAUGCUCUUUUUGCGAUUGUUAUCCUGGGAUGGAUCUUUGUGCCCAUCUACAUUAGAGCUGGGAUCAUCACCAUGCCUGAGUACUUGAAGAAGAGGUUCGGAGGACAGCGCAUUUGCAUUUAUCUCUCUCUUCUCUCCCUUGUCUUGUAUGUCUUCACCAAAAUUUCAGCAGACAUUUUCUCGGGUGCAAUUUUCAUCCAGCAGGCCUUUGGGUUGAAUAUCUAUCUCGCUGUUAUUGCACUUCUGGCGAUUACGGCACUGUACACUGUCACAGGUGGACUGGCAGCAGUGAUCUACACGGACACUUUACAGACCUUUAUCAUGCUUAUUGGAUCAUUCAUUCUGAUGGGCUUUGCUUUUAAUGAAGUGAAGGGAUAUGAAAACUUUGAGAAACUCUACAUGCAAGCUAUCCCCUCAAUCACGGGUAACAUCAGUGCAAACUGUUAUGAGCCCCGGCCAGACUCCUUCCAUCUCUUCAGGGAUCCAGUUACAGGAGACCUCCCAUGGCCUGGUCUCGUGUUUGGACUCACUAUUCAGUGCAUCUGGUACUUUUGCACUGAUCAGGUGAUUGUGCAGCGCUGCCUCUCUGCCAAGAGUCUCUCUCACGUGAAAGGAGGUUGUAUCCUAUGUGGAUACCUGAAGAUACUGCCCAUGUUCCUCAUGGUUUUCCCCGGGAUGAUUAGCAGGAUCCUGUACACAGAUGUGGUAGCAUGUGUGGAUCCAGAUGAAUGUGAAAAACACUGUGGGACCAGGGUGGGCUGCAGCAACAUUGCUUAUCCGAAACUGGUCGUGGAACUCAUGCCUAAAGGCUUGCGAGGUCUUAUGCUGUCUGUGAUGCUGGCCUCUUUGAUGAGCUCCCUUACCUCUAUCUUCAACAGUGCCAGUACUCUCUUCACCAUGGACAUCUACACUAGAAUUCGUCGCUCUGCUAGUGAGAAGGAACUCAUGAUUGCUGGCAGAGUGUUUAUCUUGGCCCUGAUUGGUGUGAGCAUAGCAUGGAUUCCUGUGGUGCAGGCAGCCCAAAGUGGUCAGCUUUUUGUCUACACUGAAUCCAUCACCAGUUACCUUGCCCCACCUGUUGCAGCUGUCUUCUUGCUUGCCAUUUUUUGCAAACGUGUCAAUGAGACUGGUGCAUUUUAUGGCCUCUUAAUUGGGCUGUGUAUGGGCUUGAGCAGGAUGAUUACUGAGUUUAUUUAUGGGACAGGUAGCUGUGCUAUCCCCAGUAACUGUCCCACUAUCAUAUGUGGAGUUCACUACCUUUACUUUGGGCUAAUUCUGUUUGUCAUCUCCGGCAUCGUCAUGCUGGCAGUGUCUCUCAUGACCAAACCUAUUGACGACAAACAUUUGUAUCGACUGUGCUGGAGCCUGAGGAACUGUACAGAGGAGAGGGACGAUCUUGAGAUGGAUGAUUGGACUGAUAACCAAGAUUCCAACAGUGUGGACUCAGACGAAAUAAAUGAUGAGCCUGGCUUCUUGAAGAAAGCGGUGAUGUGCUUCUGCGGCCUGGAAACCAAGAAAGCCCCCAAGCUGACUAAAGAAGAGGAGGAAGAGCUGCAAAGGAAGCUGACAGACACCUCAGAGGUGCCUCUGUGGAGGAACGUAGUCAAUGUCAACGCCGUCAUCCUUCUGUGUGUGGCUGUGUUCUGUCAUGCCUAUUUUGGCUAAAAGUCAGCUGAUUUCAACUGCUCACAGAGUCUAAUUUAUACAAAUUUAACAGACUGCUCAGUAGGCCUCAGCCCUAAAACCCUGUUUAAACCUUAUGUUUAGAGCACUGUGCUUUUCUUUAUUGCUUCCUGGUAUUUAAAAGUUUAAGUGAACCAGUAGACUGUAAUAUAUUAAUACAUAUUAGACUUAAAAAAUGUUGAAGUGCAUAAAUAUUUACACAUUUGU